CUCAAGCGCGCUGCACGCUGUUCUUUACCUUAACAACGUUUCGUUUUCUGAUGCAUUCAGUGCUCUUUUGGGAUCAAUCGACGUCAUUUUUAUCAGUCCUUAAGAUCCGUGCAACGCCUUUAAGGUUCCGCUUUGCUGUAUUCAUCUGCGUCUGCGAUAAACAAUGAUAUCAUACUUCAUAUGACUACAACUCACCUCCCGCGGUAUGAUCGGAAUGCGUGACGCGCGGCCUACACGUGAACCUGUUCUCAAGCGUGAAACAGCUGAUACUGAAACUUAUUAUAAAGAUACACGCGAAAGCCUCGCUCUCGAGUCCUGUUAACAAACUUUAAUAGCGUGAUAAAAGAUGUUUUACUGUUCUGCGGUUUAGAUGUAUAAAGGCACCUCCACUAUGGCCAAUUCCCUUAAGUUAAAUGCGCCUCCAAUAGUGAUACUGACAGCAGAGGACGACGACAGAACAGAAGGCGCUAAAGAGAUGGAUGACACUUUGGAGGAGUCUGCAGAGGAUGAUGAAGAGAGGAAGUCACGGGCUGCUGCAGAGGAGGCAGCUGCCAAAGAGAGGGCAACUCAGAGACAACUAAUGUCCAUAGAGGAGCUGGUGUACACCGAACGAAACUAUCUGAAAAAUCUGCAGCUCUGUACGGUCACCAUCCACAGCAACCUGCGGAAACUACAGCCUUCUCCACCAAACCUGGACAGUAUGUUCCAGCACAUAGAUGAGGUGAUGGAUGUUUCCAGCAGAUUUCUAAGUCUCGUAGACCAGUCACACAUUCAGCACAGUGACCCAAAAUACCUCGAAACAAUCUGCAAUUCUUUCCUGAGCCUGUCUCGAGACAUAGAGAUGGCUUAUAAAGAGUAUCUGGCCAACUACAAUAACGUCACUGCUUUGGAGAACAGCUACAAACAGAAAGAGACCAUGUGGACAGAGAUGGCUAAAAUCAUUAAGUCAUCUGCUCCUGAAGUGAACGCAUCCACUCUUAGCUUCUUUCUGGUGACGCCGGUUCAGAGGAUCGCUCGCUACCCUCUGUUGUUUCAGACUAUGCAAAAAGAAACAGACCCCCAACACCUUGCUUACUCCAUCCUGGAGGACACCGCGCACGCUGCGGUCCAGAUCAACUGCAGGAUCAAUGAAUAUAAACGCUUCCGUGAAGUGGCUGAUAAGUAUAAGAAGACCGAAAACUUGACCAUUAAGGACAAGAUCAAUCGACUGAGCAGCCACAGCAUUGCCAAAAAGACAGCUCGCCUCAGCCAGUUCAUAAAGAACGAGACAGGAAUGGUUCCAAAGCUGAUAGAUGAAGAAUUCGAUUCCCUUGCCGGCUUCUUUUUUUUGCUGGAGAGGGGUGUCUCAGACCUCCAUAAUAACAUGGUGGCCUAUCUUCACCAUCUACAGAGGUUCCUCAGCUGCAGACCGGAUGAAGCAGAUCUUGAUCUGGAGGGCGAGAAAGCCGCCCUGUUCUCUAAAGAAAUCACGGUGGCACUCAGACAGUGGAUAUACCCUGCAUAUGAGGAGCGGUUGAAGACUCUAGUCUUUAAGCCCUUGAGCUCGCUGCGGGAGCUGAUGGCGGGACCUCGCAACCUCAUUCGCAAGCGACAAGACAAGCUGCUGGACUAUGGGCCUAUUGAAGAGAAGAGCCACCUGAGCUUUGAGGAGCAGGCCAUAGCCAACACAUACAAGACCAUCAACACACUGCUGUUAAAUGAACUUCCUCAGUUCAAUGGGAAAGCUCUGCAUAUCCUAUGGGCCACGUUGGAGGCCUUCAGCUGCCUCCAGAGGGACCUGGCCACUGAUAUGGAGCAGCUAGCUACCAGCUUCAUCCAUCAGCUCCCACACAGUGAUUGGGAGGAUGGUGAGUUUUGGAAGUGGGCAGAGACCUCGGUGCUGGAGGGUUCGAGAAAGAUGGAGAGUCUGUGUCAGAAUGUUCAGGAGACGCUCAAUGCUCCCAUUGUGCAGGCUCUCAGUCCUGUUUCUGAACGGCGUCUGAAGACUUUGACCCUAACGCACGGCUCACAGAAGAUCUACCAGCUGACAGGCCCUGUAGUGAGCAUUCGUGAUCUGGACCUGACCCUCAGCAAAGGAGAGUUGGUUGCUGUCGUCAGUGAGAUGGACACACGUGGAGACCGACGUCGAUGGCUGGUUGAUGCAGGAGGCCCAAGGGGAUAUGUGCCCGCAUCAAAGCUGACCCGAUACCAUCAAAUGACUGUUGACCCACCAUCUCCUCAUAUGAAAAUCACACCCACUGGUCCAGGGCCCAGAAGACACUCUUACACACCAGGAGCCCAGCCAUUCCCAAUCACCCCGACCUCACCCUGUUUUCAGGUGUAUGCCGUCUACGACUUCACUGCAAGGAGCGCCCAUGAGCUUUCUCUGAGGGGUGGAGAACCGGUGCGGGUGGUCGAACCUCACGAUAAGCGUGGCAACAAGGAGUGGAGUCUGGUGGAGGCGCGAGGCCAGAGGGGCUACGUGCCCUCCAACUACCUCAACAUCCUGCCCUCUUUAAUCGCCUCGCCCACCUUCCCUUAUCGCUAAUGUCGGAAAAUACCCCAAAUACCUGCUGGGCUGCUGAUACGGCCCGUUAUCCGGCAUCCAAACAAACACAGGCCAGCACUGAAGGGCUCUUUAUACAUGAGGGGGCGGUUUGGUGCUUAAUACGACUGCUGUUUGAAAUGGAGUGGUGCUUGGGCACUGCUAUGGAGUACUUGAUCUUUGCUUUUCUUGGAGCUGGACAGACAUGGCACAUGGAUGGUGUUAAAGGGACGUGCAGUUACCUGUGAUUAACAGAUGCUCUUUAAUGGAUUUCUCGGAUACACAUUUCGGCUGUAAAGUGGAAAGUACAGCUACUCAGGGGAUGCUGUUAACAAGAUGGAUGCCAAAACCUGGAUCCUAUUUAACUGCUUAACUGCAACAAAUGAGGUUUUCCUAUUAAAUGUGGAUCUUGGUUUGAGUCGCACUCUGAGACUGCUCUGGAUCCCAGUCGGUAUUUUAUGUUCAGUGCUUUUAAUUAUACGUUUUAAUCUUGAAUGUCAAUUGUAAAGUGGCCCCAAACAGUACGACUAUAUGAAUGUCACUGCAUUUAUGUAUUGAACUAUUAAACCAAUUUAGUUUUAAGAAAGCAAGCAAUAUAUUUUACAAAAGGGUUUUAAAUAUAAAACAGUAGAUUUACUUUUUAACAUAUUACAUUAAUGCAUUUGGCAGACACUAUUAUCCAUAGUGCGUUCACACUAGAUGCGGAAGAGGCGGCAAAAACGCGCUAUUUGUGUGUAGAUGGACGCUUGAACAUUUUGAGUUUACUCGCUUCAUUUGUGCAUGAAAUUCUAGUCAUUCGAGACAUUCACGUUGAAAUUCACAUCAUGGGAGGGCCUUCUGCGACUGCCAGCCGGUCGACUUCAGCCGCAUUGCAAAAUGGUGGACAUGGAUGUUGUCAAGAGGGCAGUUGCUGUUUAUUUGAUUUGGAAAGCUGGUAAAUGGCGUGGACUUGUUCGGUGCGGUUUCUGGGUCCAUCAGAUCCUGAGGCACACUCAGCUUGAUGAGUUUCACCAGCUCCUCCAGGAGCUCCGCCUCCGCUCGCUUCUUGUAAUCAAGUCACUGCUAGAGCAAGCUCCUGAUUGGUUAUCGAGACGCGGAAAUCCAGAAUCUGCAGGAUGACUAUUCGCGUCUUUGCAUUGACUUAACAUGUAAACAACGCGCGCUUGCCGCCUCUUCCACGUCUGGUGUGAAUGCACAGUUACAGACACAUGUCAACAGUAUGUGUAUUCCCUGGGAUCGAACCCAUGACCUUUAGCUUUGCUAACAUAAUGCUCUACCACCAACCUAUACAGGAACACAUAUUAACAUACAAAUGAAGAAAACUUUGCCUAUUAAUUUGCACAUUUUUUUUAUGUCAUUUUGGAGCACCAUUGACUUCUAUAGUAGUAUUAAUCUUACUAUGGAAGUAAAUUGUGCUUCUCUUUCCUGCUUCAUUACACAUCUUCCUUUUGUGUUCAGCAGAACAAAAAAAAUGUAUACUGGCAAAUUAUGACAUUUUUAUACAGUUUUAAUUGUGGCGUAAGUGGACAUGCUUUUUGGGGUUGCUGUGCAUUGGCAAUGUAAUGAUGUUGAACUGCUGUUAUUUAUUGCCUGCAUGCAGAUACACUUUUGGUUACUGCUUUGUUCUCGUUAGGGAUGCACCGAAUCCAGAUUUUUUAGGUUCGGCCGAAUCCACCGUUUAAGAUUCGGCCGAAUCCGAAACCGAAUACCGAAUCCUACUCGCAUCCUUAUUCCAUUAACACAGUAAAACACAUUAAUGAAUUAAACAACAUCCACAAUAGUGUAUUUUUCAUUUUAUUUAAUUUUAACUGUACAUUAUGCCAGAAUGACAAGUUGGAAAAACUAUUUUGACAAAUACUAUAAGCCUAUGCAUAAUGAAAGCGAUGCGUUGCGACACGCUCGUUUUUACAAUAAGCAAGCAGCUCCGUGCUGAAAACUAUAUUUAACUUUGAGUGAGAAGCUCCGCUCGUCAAUGUCAGGUUUCACACGGCCGUCCAAUUACAGUGGAGGAGGGGCGGGACAUUACCACAGCAACCAACCGGCUCACAGCUGAAGCAUCACAGCUACCAAGCGCUCGGCUGAAAAACAGCUGGAAUUUGGCGUCCUCAAGGCGUUUUCAGCCGUGUUUAAAAGUUUUGGUGUGUCCAGCCCCUAAGGCUCACCGAAAGAAAAAGCUCAUCUCCACGUCAGCACCCGAUGUGUGUAAUCUACGGCCGCGUGACGUCGACCUGCGUAGCGCAAGCCUAGGGUUCGGUUCGGUGGAAAAAAAAUCUAGGAUUCGGCCGAAUCCGAACCCCGUCAAAAAGCCCAGUAUUCGGCCGAAUCCGAAUCCGAAUCCUGGAUUCGGUGCAUCCCUAGUUCUCGUGUUGGUGACCUCAUAACCUCUUUUAUGAAGAACUUGACCUAAAUUUACAGAUUCGUGCUUGCAUAUGUGGUUGCUGCAGUAUCUGUUAUUGUGAAGUCUGCCUGCAGUAUCAUCUUCUGUCCACUAGAGGCACCAGAGUAUCUUUUGUGAACCUUUCCAGCGUUACCUUAUUCAGUGUUGUGCUAAUCCCUUCAAACAGUCAUAUAUUAUUCAUCUGAUCCUCACAAUCGCCUUAACAGGAAUCCAAUGGGAAACAGUUCACCUCAGUUGCCUGCUGUUCUUCUGGUGAUACUCCCCUUGCAUAUGGCAUCUUUUGUAUAUUUCACUUAUUUAUUUUUAUUUAUUUAUACACUAACUCGUAAAUUGUUGGUUCAUGCUUGAAUUAAACCUCCAGACCUG